UCCUUCACCCCAAACGAUCAGGGUUUGGGUCAUGGGGCUCCGACUUCUGCUCCUGCUGCUCUCAGGGGCCCUGGCCCUGACCGAGACCUGGGCCGGCCCACACACGCUGAGACAUUUCGGCACCUUAAUGUCCAGACCUGGGAAGUCCCAGUACAUCAAGGUCGGCUACGUUGACGACACGGAGGUCAUGUGGUUCGAUAGCGAAGACCCGAACCCGACGAACCCGACGAACCCGACGGCGCAGCCGCGGGUGCCUUGGAUGGAGCAGCCGUGGGUGCAGCAGGAGGAUCCAGAGUUUUGGGAGGAGCAGACGCGGACCUGCAAGCAGUGCGCACAGCUUUCCCGAGCAAAACUGAACAACCUGCGAGCCUACUACAACCAGAGCGAGGACGGGUCUCACACCUUUCAGGUUACUUACGGCUGUGUUGUGGGGUUGGACCUGGGCUUCUUCAGCGCAUACAGUCACACCGCAUACGAUGGCACCGAAACCUUCGCCAUGAACUUGGAGCUGAGUUCCACCAACGAAGCCAACAAGACCUCCCAGAUCACCAUUCCGCGUGAUUUGUUGCAUCAAGAUAAUGUGGAGCACUGGAGGGCCCACCUGGAGCUCAAGUGUGUGCGCUGGCUCCGCCUGUACCUGGAGAUGGGGAAGGACAAGCUGCAAACAGCAGACCCUCCAAAGACACACGUGACCCACCACCCCAUCUCUGACCAUGAGGCCACCCUGAAGUGCUGGGCCCUGGGCUUCUACCCUGCUGACAUCACCCUGACCUGGCAGCGUGAAGGGGAGGACCUGACCCAGGACAUGGAGCUUGUGGAGACCAGGCCUGCAGGGGACGGGACCUUCCAGAAGUGGGCAGCUGUGGCCGUGCCCCCUGGAGAGGAGCAGAGAUACACAUGCCAUGUGCAGCACCAGGGGCUGCCUGAGCCCCUGACCCUGAGAUGGGACCCCCCUUCUCAGACCACCAUCACCAUUGUGGGCAUUGCUGCUGCCCUGGGUCUCCUUGGAGCUGUGGCUGCUGGAGCUGUGAUGUGGAGGAGGAAGUGCUCAGGUAGAGGCAGGAAGAGCUACUCUCAGGCUGCCUUGUGACAAAGCUGCCAUGUAGGAGACUUGGCACUAAAAUAAUCACUGCAGCCUCCCCUUGGGACUUUAAGAAUUCCAUGACUGCUGUUUCUGCAACCUGCACAGAAUGUGUCUGCAUCCUUAUCAGCUUUAUUGGAGGAGCUGGCCACAAGGUCCCCUCCCCUCCUAAAGGGACAUGUGUCCUCUCCCCUGGGGACUGACCUGUUGUAGCAUUGCUGUGGUUUUGCCAACCCAUCCUGGUCUUUUCUCAGUGGGGUCUCCUUGUUGCUCCUUUGUUGUUUUUUGCUUCAGGGGAACCUUGUCCCACCAGGACCUGGUUUCACAGGGACGUGAGUGUCACCCGGGCCUUGUCGUGGCUCCAGGACUGUGCUCAGUGAGGGCUUCCUGUGGACACAUGAGCCUGGGCCCAACCUGGGUCUGGCCCACAGCCCCUGUGUUUUGGGUAUUUGUUGUUUCUUUGUUUUUGUAGAUAUUGUACCUACUUUUCUUUUCUUAAUUAACUUAUUAGAGGUUUUUUUUUACUAAGUGUAUUAGGCUGGCAUUGGUUACUGGGAUCAUGUAGGUUUCCCUUGUAUAUUUCUAUGAUAUUGUACAAUGAGGAGUCACUCAACCAGUGGUGUUUGAGUCCUGGGUAAAUGACGCUCCAUUUUUACAUCUGGGAUCCAGACAUUCCUUGGAGGUAUUUUGGUUUUGCGUCCAGAUGAACUCAGUAAAGCAACUAUCGCAAUAAAGCAAGUCACACAGAUGUUUUGGUUUCCCUGAGCUAAUCGUGUUAGGCUUAUGAUACAUGUAGUCUACUAAAUCUUAAAUAGUAUUAUGUCUAAAAAUUAAUGU